AUGUUGGGGGUACCUACUCCCGCUAGUCCCGACGAUGGAACCCCCCCAUUAGACUAUUGUCAUACGAAAUGGGCGGAGGCGAUCGCCAUCUGUGAAGAAAAACUCAACGAGAGUGAGCGCGCAAAUUUGAAAAGUAUCCAGACAUUUGAAGACUGUAAACAGAAUAUUUCUAUGAUUCGGAUGCCAACUGCACAACCCACUGAGCCUACAUUGUUACAUAAGUUGGCGCCAAUUUUCUCUCCCCUCAGCAGUUUUGUCUCACUGCUAACGGUGUGCUUGUCACCUAUUCCUCGAGAAAUUGGGUUAAUAUGGGGCCUGGCGGCCGGUAGAACUGAAACCCUUCUCCCUCAAACCAUCGAGAUGCUCCAAGAGUUGGGACAUGAUCUCGAAAUAUUCCAGCUUUACGGCGAGAUCUGGCGGAGUAACCCUAGAGUAGGAGACGAGCUGAUGAAUGUUUUUGUGGAGAUCAUCAUGUUUUGGGCACAUUCAAUUCAUUUUCUAAAUCGUAACAGACGAGCCUCGUCUGCACAGCGUUCCUGGCACAACGUCGAGAAACAAUUCGAAAAUACCUUAAAACGUAUUCGCAAGCGGACUGAGCAAAUCAAAGAGAAGGCGAACGCUAUGGCCCAGGUUCAAGGAUACUCCCAAGCAGAUUUGUUGAAAGAGUUGGAUCGUCUUGGGCUACUUCCUUCAACAGCGACACAUGCUUGGUUGGCAAAUGGGGAACCGGAUAUUUUCCCCUGUAACAACCUUCCUGUUGCGCGAAAUGCUAAUUUCUUCGGCCGAAGGCAAGAACUCGACACAAUUUCAAAACAUCUCGACUAUCCAACAUCAACCGGCUCCUUUCGCAGCUUCGCUCUCUAUGGAACUGGAGGCAUCGGCAAGACACAAAUUGCCCUCGCAUAUGCAUACCAGCAGAAGGACUCAGGUACCCAAGCAAUUCUGUGGUUUAACUGCGAGACCGGGCAAUCUCUGGCCCAAAGCUUCCGUGAUGUUGCCUCACUACUGCACCUAGAAGGUGCUAAUGACGAUGAAACAAACGAGCAAAAUAAGAUCCUAGUGCUAGCGUGGCUCAGGCGUACGAAUAGAACAUGGCUUUGCAUAUUUGAUAACGUUGAGGACUUGGACCUCUUUCGUAAUGCCUGGCCCGCUGCAGACUCGGGAAAAGCCCUUGUCACGUCUCGCAAGGACAUUGUGAGCAUAGAUCCGGCAGCCGGUGGUAUGGAGAUCGAAGUAUUCGACAACAGCAGCGGGAGGGACCUAAUUUUGCAGCAUGUUGCAAGAAAUACAUACGACGAAUCCGAAAUUCAAGCAGCUAGUCAACUUGCAACUCGCCUAGGAGGUCUUGCACUGGCCCUGGUCAUCAUGUCUUCACAAAUUCGCCUCCGGAAGUCUUCCAUAACAGCGUUUGUACAGCUGUAUGAGAAAUACUCCAAUAAGCUGAACAAGGAAGUCCAGGGAGUUAAAUCGUACUACAAUCUGUCUCUUGCAACUUGCUGGAAGACAACAUUUGAUUAUCUCACUCCACCCGCCAGUCGUUUGCUCGGCAUCAUUGCUCAUCUCGGUCCGGAUGCGCUGCCCGAAGAAUUAUUUCACCCAGCUGAUAGCUCAAGACUUCCAGAGGGCAUGGAAUUUUGUUCUGAUGACUGGGAACUUUCGGAGGCUCUCAAUGAGCUCUUAAGCUCAUCUUUAAUCAGGAAACAUCCCGCUGAGAACCUACUUUUCGUUCAUAGGCUGAUACAGGAAGAAUUCAGAAAUUGUCUGGACGCGGAUGGACGGCAUGACUCCUUCGUUGCGGCUUCGAUCUUGCUCAAUGAGGCUUUCCCAAAAUUAAUUUUGGGUGGCAGGACUACAAAUUCCGGCCGAAAAGCAAAGGAGAAUUUGAUCCAUUUUUAUCGCUUUCUACUUCAUGUGGCUGGUAAGAAAAUGAACCGCACAUCAUCUACCCUGCUUACAAUUUCAAGGUACCUCAUGGAGUCUGGCGCGUGUCUAGAAGAGAUCCAGCUCAUGGAAGUAGCGAUGAGUCUCUGCGAAGACAAAGAAGGAGAAACAUACGCUCUUCUUGCGAAUUCAAGAGGUGAAAUGGAGUGUCAAAGGGCACAUUGCGACGAGGCUUACAAGUAUAUGACGCCGAGCUUAGCAAUCAUGCGACGAAUCUAUGGUGACAGCCAUCCAGAAGUCGGAAAUGGGUUUAAUAACUAUGCGAAUAUCAUUAUCCAGGACUUGAAAGAGGGAGCCUGUGAAAAGGCCAUCGAUUACUAUCAAAAGGCGCUUGACAUCUUCACGUUGAACGGCCCUGAGAUCUACACAAAGAUCCUCCAUAUACCGCACAUCAACCUAGCAGCAUCUUAUCAAGUUUUGCAGCAGUACGACAAAUCAAUUGAACAUGCAGAACAGAGUCGCAAAUGGGCAGUCGCAUUUCUGGGAGAGGGUUGUCAUUUUGAUGGAGUGGCCGAUUAUCACGUUGGAAAUUCUUUAUUCUCGCAAGGGAGAUAUGACGAAGCGGAGCGGCAUUGGCUGAGAGCCUUGGGGGUAUUCAAUCGUGAGAAUGAAACACAUCCAACGACAAAUUCAACACGAAUGAAAUUAGCCAUGAUCAAAAUGAAACGCGGGGAAUUUGAUGAGGCAAUCUUGAUGCUUCAAAAGGUUCUCGUCAUAACGAAAUUGAAACAGCCAUCCAAGGGCGACAAUGGAGAAGUCGCCCGUGUUCAACGAAAGCUAGCUGAGGCUCUUGAGCUGAAAGGUGAUUUACUGGAAGCAACGCGGCUGAAAGUUGAAGCUGAAGCAAUGCGAAGAGAGAUCCAAGGACAGCGAUUCCAUGAAUUACCUGAUAGUGAUCUGAGCUACGCCAUGAUGAAUUUUCAUGCAUUCUGGUAG